AAUCGAAGUGCUCCUCCCAUGGUCCGGCCCACUCCUGGGGGCACCUCAGCGGGAGUGCUGCGGGGACCCGGGAGGUAUGGAGCUGGGAGGCGGGGUUCAGAACGGCCUCUGUCUCUGAUUCACUUUGGUUGUCCUGUCUCUGCCUCUGAGAUUCUGAGGGGUGCCCUUCAGGGGUACUCUGUGGCAGCGGCCUCUUGGCAGCCUCUCGGGUAUCGCUUACUGAAACGCCCAGACCACGGAGUGGAGAUCAGUGACGGGAAACUCCUGGAGAGGUUUCUGCUUGGGACCCCUUUGAGGUUGAAAGCUAAGCAUGGGGAAGAGCUGCAAGGUGGUCGUGUGUGGCCAGGCAUCUGUGGGCAAAACGUCAAUUCUUGAGCAGCUCCUGUACGGGAACCAUGUUGUGGGUUCUGAGAUGAUCGAGACCCAGGAGGACAUCUAUGUAGGCUCCAUCGAGACAGACCGAGGGGUGCGGGAGCAGGUGCGUUUCUAUGAUACACGGGGUCUCCGGGAUGGGGCCGAGCUGCCCAAGCACUGCUUCUCCUGCACGGAUGGCUACGUCCUGGUCUACAGCACAGACAGCCGAGAAUCGUUCCAGCGUGUCGAGCUGCUCAAGAAGGAGAUCGACAAGUCCAAGGACAAGAAGGAGGUCACCAUCGUGGUCCUUGGCAACAAAUGUGAUCUGCAGGAGCAGCGUCGUGUAGACCCUGACGUGGCCCAGCACUGGGCCAAGUCAGAGAAGGUGAGGCUGUGGGAGGUGUCUGUGGCUGACCGCCGCUCCCUCUUGGAGCCUUUCAUCUACCUGGCCAGCAAGAUGACCCAGCCCCAGAGCAAGUCUGCCUUCCCCCUCAGCCGCAAGAACAAGGGCAGCGGCUCAUUGGACGGCUGAAUAGCUGCCCUUCUUUCUUCACCAUUCCAUCCCCAUUCCAGGAUGGGUGGAGAGCACAGGGCAUAAGCAAGCUGUUCUUUCCAGUCAGUAGGGGAGCGUCCCUCUAGGCAGGAAGCUGGGCUGGCCUUCCCCGUGACCUUCCAUGAUAGUCCCCGCCCCACCCCCAGCUGAUCAUAUUUUCUCCUGUUACCUGGACACUUAUGGGUUAGUAUCCAUUCUGUCUGCCUGGUGCAGGAAGCAGGGCUGCCAUGACAAAGCGUCCAGUCCAGGAACUGGCUCCUAUCAGGGAUUCCAACUCUCUGAAUUUCCUGCCAGUAACAUACACACAGUACCAGCCUGGGCUUGAACAAGUGUGACUAGGUAUUGUAAGUAUACAUUUAUGAGUGCUGGCCUAGGGUUGACUCCUCAGCCUUCACCCUGAUCUUUCCCCUGGACUGUCCAAGGCUGGGUAAAGCCAGGCUCCUGGGAGUGGCAUUUUCUGAUUGACCUCUACCCGUCUCCCAGCUUUUUCGCUUCCUCUUCCUGUUUAGGAGCAGAGGUCUUAUUGGCUGAGGUAGAGUGGAGUGGUGACUGGGCUGUCACUUGCCCUGUGACUUAGCAAGGCUAUAUUCUCUGAGCAUCGGUCUUCUCAUCUGUGAGUUGACAGGAGCUUGGAUGAUCACCUAGAGCCCCAGGUAGCUCUGUGAUAUUUCUAAAGCUGGUGGCUCGGGCCUCCUCUGCCCCUGCUCCAACUUCUUCAAGGUGCUACACUUAACCAGCCUUGGAGGCUGGACAAGCCUCUCGUAACCACCAGGGGGCAGGAGUGCACUCUGCUCAGUGGCACAGUAUGUGGACCUGCCUACAGGGCAGUGUCCAUCCCUCCUGGUUGCUCUUGGCUAGUAGCUGGACUUAUAUUUAUAUUCUCUGUAUUUAUAUGCCUGCUGCCCUGGUGAGGGCGGGAUAGGCCGCGCCUCUAGCCCUUCCUUCUUACCUCAGAUGCCUGAACAGAACCAGGCAAACCAGUAGCAGCUUCCUAGAAGCUGACAGGCCUUCUGUCAGAGGCUUGUGCUAUUAAGUGAGCUUAUAACCCACAACUUUCGGUGCCCACUUUGUGCUUCUGAUGUGCACACUUCACAUGAAUUAGACACUACAGCCAAGCCACCUCCAACACCCACCCCUUCUCCCCGGAACAGGAGAGAAGGGCUGGUACCCAGGCCUGGGCAAGGAGAGUCAGGACACCUACAGGCUCAGGCUUGAAGUUCAUUUAUUGAUGUGUUGGACACAAUAAAACCACAACUGCUGUUAUCAAAAAGUUUCCCGUCCCCUACCUUUUUUCUUGUCCCAUUGGAAAUACCUUUCAAAAAAAAAAAAAAAAGAUAUAGGUAGAUACUGGCAAAAUCCCAUGUUGAAUGGGGGAAUGGCACUGGCUUUGGCAACAUGAAAGUGGAUCUUGAGGGCAUAUUGGACAGUGUACCAGCCCAAAAUGCCACACUUGGGAUGGCCAGACCCCAGUAUGGAGUGGAGAGUCCCUAAGCUGAGGGACAUGCAGAGCCCCUUUAGAGUUGGGGUUCAAGAAAAACCACUGAAAGGCUAAGAAGAACAGCUAUGGUGAGACAGGUCACUUCUGUUAAGAAGACCAGGCAGGGUGGUGCAUGCCUUUAGUUCCAUCUCUCAAGAGGCAGA